AUGUCGACGACAAUCAGCAAGCGCAAGCGUGCAAGGAAGGCAUGCAUCCCUUGCCACCAGCGCAAGCGAAAAUGCGACGCGGAGUAUCCCUGUGGCACGUGCACCACCUACGAAUAUAACUGCAGGUACGCCGACGACGACACCACUAGCACUGCGGAUGGAGGCGGGCACGCUCCACCCCUAGCCAAGCGCGUCAUUCUUGACGGAGGGAGUAGUAUGGCGCGCGGGGUCACCGCCAAAUCGCGCAGCCCGGACAGCCAACCUCAUGUCGCGAGAGCUCCCCAUGGACUGACAAAGAGUCCUACCGUCGGGGCCGGCAUCUUCGACGAGCAGAAGUCCAGAUACACCGGAGCAUCGGCGGCCAUGGCCUUCCCGCACAUCCUGGGCGUGGCUCUCGGCUCCGACAGCCCUCCCAAGAUCAACUCGUUCGCUUACAACUUUGGGAUCCGCCCCGAGGAGGCUUCCAACGCUUAUGGCUUCCUAGGGAAACUUAUCUCGGAGGAAGACCUCGCCUUCUACUCGAAUGUGUACUUCUCUGCAAUGGGCCCUGUCGGCGACUACAUGGACCCGAGAAUCUACGCCCAGCGAUGUCGGGAUUAUUAUCAUGGCUCCGGCAGCACCGCGGUCGCCUUUGGCGCCGUAGCCGCCGGCGUCGCUGCUUUCGGGUCGUUCCUAUCCCCAACCAGAUACCCGCGGGAGUCUGACCUGGUGCAGUACGCUAAAGCUAUUCUCGAUGAUCCAGCCUCCAUGCGUAUGCUGAGCAUUGACCACAUCAUCGCGUGGGGCAUGCGGUUAUUUUAUCUACGGGCCACAACCCGCCCCAGUAAUGCCUGGGUCGCGUCGUGCACUCUCAUGCACCUUUGCGAAGUGGUAGGGCUGCACGAGGAAGAGAACAUCAAAAGGAUGGCGUCUGUCGCCGGCGCCGCUGUUGUUGGACAUGAUGCGGACCGGCUGAGGCGAAUUUUCUGGAUCUCGUGGGCCGGGCAUCACAUGCUGUCCUAUGAGUACGAUCGUUCGGCGUUCGUGCAAAUCGUCCAGAUCAUCCCGUCGCCCAACUCGCCGUUCCAGCUCGAAUGUCAGCCUCCAACUCCGAGGGAGGAGCUAUUUGAGCGUCUCAAGGCAUUGAGGAAACUCGAUUUCACCCAUCCGUUCCUGGUGGCGACUAAGGCGGACCUUGCGUUUUGUUUCUAUCGACGCAUUUAUCAGCUCAAGACAGGCAUAACGGACGAGAUAAUUCAACUCGUCAUUGAUAGCGGUAACGACGCAGUGGAGGCGGCUGAGCAGCUAGCCAACCAGGGCCGUCUACUUUGGAACGUCAUAGGCAGCGUCUUCCAGUAUGCCUGUGUCUUGUUGGCGAUCGACACGCCGGCCUCCUCCGCUCACAUCCCUGCUGCCUUCAAGGGGUUGGAACAUCUUGUCAGGGCUGCAGACACAGGACUGACCCGUCAGGCAUUGUCAAUAGCGCGGCAUCUUCUCAGCCUCAAUAUAGCAAAGAAGCGAAAGGAGCUUAUCCAGCUGGAAGCUGUCGAGGCGGGCUACGAACCCUUCCAGGCGCAGCCGGAACCCGAGGCCAACGCCGCUUUGCCGGACAUUGGCUGGGGUGUGGACUGGGAUCAGUUUCUCAUCGAGCCAUAUCUAUCGAUUCUCGGUCCCGACAUCCAGCUGUAG